AUGAGGGCGGUUGCAAUUUCCUUAUUUGUAUUUCUUCUUGUCAUCGUAGCUACCGUUAUUAGCUUUUGUGAUGGGAAUUCCAAUGUGCUUUGCAUUGAAAGUGAGAGACAAGCCCUUUUGAAGUUCAAGCAUGAUCUCAUUGAUGAAACAAACAGGCUAUCUUCUUGGAUUGAAGGUGAUCAAGAGGAUUUCUGUAAAUGGAUUCCCGAAUUCAUCGGUUCGCUAAAGAGGUUAACAUAUCUUAACCUCUCUGGAUCAUUUUUCGAAGGAGCAAUUCCCCAUAAGCUUGGAAAUCUCUCCAAGUUGCAUUAUCUUGAUCUUGGACGCAAUUACCAUUUAGAAGCUAAAACUCUUCAAUGGGUUUCUGGCCUUCCUUCUUUGCAGUAUCUCGAUUUGAGUGGUGUGAAUUUUAGUGGAGCAACUGAUUGGCUGCAGGUAGCAAACAAACUUCCUUCUUUGGUAGAGUUGCAUUUGUCAGAUUGCAUUAAUCUAUAUAAUGAUCCAUCUAUAGUCAGUGUUAAUUAUACAUCUCUUGCUGUGCUUGAUCUUUCAUCGAACAGUUUAUCUGCAAUACCUACAUGGAUAUUCAACCUCCCUAGUCUUGUGUACAUUAAUCUUAACUGGAAUGAUAUUGGAGGUGUGAUUCCCAAUGGUUUUCAAAACAUGUCUUCUCUCAAAUUUCUUGAUCUUAGUUGGAAUGCAUUCUCUCCAUCAUCGAUACCCCGGUGGUUGUAUAAUUUAAACCAUCUUCAAUUCCUCGGUCUUAGAAGUAUUGGCCUGCAAGGUAAUAUUUCGAGUGCCAUUAGAAACUUGAGCUCUGUUACUCACCUUGAUCUUUCAGAAAACAUGCUUGAAGGAACCAUAUCCAACUUUUUGGAUAGUCUUUGCAAUCUAAGGGAGAUGGAUUUGUCGAGAAACAAAAUUCAUGAUGAGUUGCCCGUCACGAGGUUGGUUGACUUGAGUUCUAACCAAUUCACAGGUCCCUUGCCACCAGUAUUGCCAAGUUUAGGAUAUUUAUUUUUGUCUACGAAUUUUUUUUCAGGAUCCCUUUCUCAUUUUCUUUGUAUUUCCUCAACUAAAGUGCGAUCGUUGACCAUCCUUGACAUUGGAUCAAAUCUUCUGUCUGGUGAAAUUCCACAUUGUUGGGAAAAUUGGCCAGCUUUGGAUGUCUUAAAGUUAGCAAAUAACAAUCUAACCGGGAAAAUUCCUGUGUCUUUGGGAUCUUUGCUUUCUAUUAGGUUACUAAACCUCCGGAAUAAUAGUCUGUUUGGAGAAGUACCAUCCGCAAUGCAACAUAUUGCUGAUUUGAAGAUUCUUGAUCUUAGUGAAAAUCAAUUCAGUGGAAGUGUACCGGCAUGGAUGGGAGAGAAUCUGACGGGACUGAUGGUUCUAAACCUCCGUUCAAAUAACUUUCACGGCCAUAUUCCUGAUAAAAUUUGUGCUCUUCAUUCUCUUCAGAUCUUGGACCUUGCUUCUAACAACAUUUCAGGAGCUAUUCCAAAAUGUUUUAGUAACCUAAGUGCCAUGGCCACAAAAAACAAAACCCUCUGGUAUUUCGCGAAUGGUGCAAUUUGGGAUUCUUUCCUUUCUAUGUCAUAUUUUUUGGAUACAUUGCUGUUUACGAGAGGAAGAGAGUUUGAUUACAGUACCACACUAGUACUUGUUACUAGCAUAGACCUUUCAGCAAACAGUCUUAGAGGAGAGAUCUCCAAAGAACUUGGAAAUCUUGUGGGGCUGAUGUCAUUAAAUUUGUCAAGAAAUCUCUUAACGGGAAAGAUACCAGAGAACAUCGGCAACAUGGAGUCGUUGGAAUCUCUUGACUUGUCGAUGAACCGACUCUAUGGUGAAAUCCCUUCAAGUUUCUCCGGUUUGAAUUUCUUGAAUCACUUGAACUUGUCCUACAACAAGUUGACAGGACAAAUCCCAUUAAGCACCCAGCUCCAAAGCUUUGACAUGUUUUCUUAUAUUGGCAAUCAUCUUUGUGGACCUCCUGUUACUAAAAACUGCAGUGCAAAUGGCGCAACACCGAAUGUUACAAAUGCAGGAAGUAAGGGAUCUAAGGUGAAUGGGCUUUACGUGAGUAUAGUGCUUGGAUUUGUGAUUGGGUUUUGGGCUGUAGUGGCUCCCCUGCUUUUCAUCAGGUCUUGGAGGUUUGCUUACUAUCACAAACUGGACGAUGUUGGUCGUAAGCUCUACGUGUUUUGGGCCACUACCGGAAGAAGCUCAUUUCGGUGUGUUUGGUAAUGUAAUAACUAGAUUUGUAUGCUCUUUUACAUGUUCCAUGUUUUCGUUUUAAUGGGAGAAUAAAAGUGGUGUCUCAAGUUAUAGUUUAUUGAAAAUAAAUGUAAUUGUGUUCAGUUAAUGUAAGACUGAUGAAUGUUUUUAAUUGUA